CUCCAGUGAGUGAGCAACUUGAUUAUUUCGCUACAACAUUUUCUUAAAACAAUGUGUUGUAAAUGCAGCUAGGGUUUCUCGGAAUCGGUGCUUACAAUUACAAUCUCUUGGAAUUGGGUUUUGAGGGCUUUUGGGAAAUCGCAAUUCUUCUUAGUCGUGAUCGAAAAGUCGGAGACUUUAGGACAAUGUCGGCCUCCGACCGAGAGUUCCGGUCAGUUCUCGUUCCCGCCGGUAACAAGCUGCAGCAGACACCGUUGUCAAAGCCGGUGAAGAAGACCGAUAAAUCGAAAGACCUAACCUUUACGGCGUCUCCGGCGAAGAAGAGUUCGUCUCCUCUGAGCCCUUCGAUCCUGAGGAGGAACGGUGUCUCCAUGAACGCAUCGUAUUCCUCGGAGGCGUCGUCUUCGUGCGAGUCGUCGCCGUUGAGUAUGGCGUCUGCUUCGAGCGGGAAGAGGGGUUUGCGGCGUAACGGGUCGAACUCUUCGAGUUCACUGAGAGAUGAGAAGGAGACAGGUGAUUGCUUCUCUGAUGGUCGUAGAAGAUGCGCUUGGAUCACUCCCAAAUCUGACCAAUGUUACAUUGCUUUCCACGAUGAAGAGUGGGGAGUCCCUGUCCAUGAUGACAAGAAACUUUUCGAGUUGUUAAGUCUAUCUGGUGCUCUUGCGGAACUAUCCUGGAAAGACAUUCUUUCCAAAAGACAAACAUUCAGGGAAGUAUUCAUGGACUUUGAUCCAAUUGCUAUAUCUGAACUAACAAACAAAAAGAGAACAUCCCCUGAGAUUGCUGCCACCUCAUUACUAUCAGAGCAAAAACUACGCUCAAUCCUCGAGAAUGCAAACCAAGUUCGCAAGAUAAUAGUUGAGUUUGGAUCAUUUGACAAGUACAUUUGGAACUUCGUUAACCAGAAGCCUACUCAGAGCCAGUUCCGGUACUCUCGCCAAGUCCCUGUGAAGACUUCCAAAGCCGAGCUGAUAAGCAAAGACCUUGUCCGCAGAGGCUUCCGCAGUGUUAGUCCUACGGUUAUCUACUCCUUCAUGCAAACAGCUGGUCUCACUAACGACCAUCUCACUAGCUGCUUCAGACACCAAGAAUGCAUAUCCAAGGACGAGACCAGUUCUUAAAAGAAACUCAAGAAUGUCCUAGAGAGAAAGGAUAGUUAACACUCUGAUAUGCUUAGUUUGUUAUUGUGUGUUGUGUUUGUAUUUGUACAGAUGUUUUUUUUGUCAAAACUAGAAGAAGUUGCUAAGCUGAAUUUAUUGGAGAUUGCAUUGAAA